GUCCCGUUACCUUUCCUAAUCAUGGACUCUAAGUCCUUAAUAUAUGAACAACCUACCUUCGUCGAGAAAACAAGAAGCGUUUUCUGACGGAUGGAAAUGGGAAACUUAGCUGCAUCAGUGUCGACCUUGCUAUGUCUGGCGUCCCUUCUUUAUUUACAUGGAAGAGUUGGUGGUAGUGGAUAUAUCAAGUAUAAUACUGGAGGCGGCAUUGUUGGAGGCAAACUGAAUGUGCAUUUAGUUCCCCACUCGCAUGAUGAUGUGGGAUGGUUGAAGACAGUUGAUCAGUACUAUGUUGGAUCAAACAACAGUAUUCAGGGUGCGUGUGUGGAAAAUGUACUUGAUUCAGUCAUUACGUCGUUGGGCCGCGACCCAAACCGGAAAUUUGUCUAUGUUGAGAUGGCUUUCUUCAGUAGAUGGUGGGAAACCCAGAGUUCAGAAAUUAAGCAACAAGUAAGACGGCUUGUGGAUUCCGGGCAGUUGGAAUUCAUAAAUGGCGGCUGGUGCAUGCAUGAUGAAGCAGCCACUCAUUACAUAGACAUGAUUGACCAAACAACUCUAGGCCACCAACUGAUAAAGAGCCAAUUCAAUAAAACUCCUCGAGCUGGAUGGCAGAUCGAUCCUUUUGGACACUCUGCAGUGGAGGCUUACCUACUUGGAGCUGAGCUAGGAUUCGAUUCUGUUCACUUCGCACGAAUUGAUUACCAAGAUAGGGCAAAACGCAAAGUUGAUAAAGCUCUUGAAGUUAUCUGGCAUGGAUCUAGAACAUUUGGUUCCUCGUCUCAAAUUUUUGCAAAUGCCUUUCCAGUUCAUUAUAGUCCACCAGAUGGCUUUCACUUCGAAGUGGAUGAUGACUUCGUUCCUGUCCAGGAUAACCCACUACUGUUUGACUUCAAUGUUGAGCGACGAGUUGCUGAUUUUGUAAGUGCUGCAAUGGCUCAGGCAAAUGUGACACGUACAAAUCAUGUUAUGUGGACAAUGGGUGAUGAUUUCCAAUAUCAGUAUGCUGAGUCUUGGUUCAAGCAGAUGGAUAAAUUAAUUCACUAUGUCAACAAGGAUGGUCGAGUGAAUGCGUUGUAUUCUACCCCAUCCAUUUAUACUGAUGCAAAACAUGCAGCGAAUGAAACCUGGCCUCUGAAAACUGCUGACUACUUCCCAUAUGCAGACAGUGCGAAUGCUUAUUGGACUGGUUACUUUACAAGCCGCCCUGCCUUUAAAAGAUACGUCCGCACGCUGAGUGCAUAUUAUCUGGCAGCUCGCCAACUAGAAUUCUUGAUAGGUUGGAGAUCAAAGGGUCCCAACACUUACAGUUUAGGAGAUGCUUUAGGAAUCGCCCAGCACCAUGAUGCUGUAACUGGCACUGCUAAACAGCAUACAACAGAUGACUAUGCAAAACGCUUGGCAAUUGGCGUUUCUGAGGCUGAAAAUGUUGUGAAUUCAGCUUUGUCAUGCCUAAUUACAACAAAAUCUAAAGGCCAAUGCAGUGCACCUGGAUUGGCUUUCAGCCAGUGUCAAUUGCUCAAUAUAAGUUACUGUCCACCAGCCGAGGGAGAUAUUCCUGCAGGGAAGAGUUUGGUUGUUGUAGUAUAUAAUCCAGUUGGAUGGAAUCGUACUGACAUCAUCAAGAUUCCGGUUAAUGACCCUAACCUAGUAGUUCAAGAUUCAACAGGCAAUAAGGUUGAGGUGCAAUAUGUGGAGUUGGAUAAUGUUACAGGCAGUCUCAGAAACUUCUAUGUUAAGGCAUAUAUAGGAAUUUCACCUACACAAGUUCCAAAAUAUUGGCUUUUCUUCCAAGUAUCUGUGCCACCGCUUGGUUGGAAUACUUACUUCAUCUCUAAAGCAUCCCAAAAAGGAAGCAGCAGCGCACAUGUCUCCUUGGCAGACAUUCCACGGAAUGAGACCAUUGUUGUUGGGCCUGGAGACUUGAAACUGUCCUUUUCAUCAACAUCUGGACAACUUGUGCGCAUGUUCAAUUCUAAAACUGGGGUGGAUAUACCUGUACAACAAAGCUAUCUGUGGUAUGGCUCAAGCGCAGGAGACACUGAUGGCCAGCCCUCUGGUGCUUAUAUUUUCCGCCCGGAUGGUUCUCCUCCAAGAAUUGUCUCAAGAUUGGUUUCCUUGAAGGUUAUACGUGGACCACUAUUUGAUGAGGUUCACCAGGAAUUCAGUUCAUGGAUCCACCAGGUCGUUAGAGUGUACAAGGAAAAAGAGCAUGCAGAAUUUGAGUUUACUAUUGGUGAUAUCCCCACAGAUGAUGGUAUCGGGAAGGAGGUCAUUACUCGAUUGACUGCUAAUAUGGCCACAAACAAAGUGUUCUAUACUGAUUCCAAUGGAAGAGACUUUCUGAAACGGGUCCGAGAUUUUAGACCUGACUGGCCUCUUCACGUUACACAACCAGUAGCAGGGAACUAUUAUCCACUUAAUAGUGGAAUCUUCAUAGUGGAUAACAGCUCUGAAUUCUCUGUUUUGGUUGAUCGUGCCUGCGGAGGAUCCAGCAUUAAAGAUGGACAAAUAGAAAUCAUGCUCCACAGGUUCAAACGCCUAAUUGACGAUGAUGGUCGUGGAGUGAACGAAGCACUUGAUGAAGAAGUAUGUGUUGGAACAUUAUGUCAAGGACUCACGGUUCGAGGAAAUUAUUAUGCAAGCAUCAAUCAGCUAGGUGCUGGAGCUCGCUGGCGCCGAAGAACCAGCCAAGAAAUCUACUCACCUCUCCUUCUAGCAUUCACACAUGAGAAAUCAGGUGAUUGGAAAUCUUCUCACUUGACAAAGGCAACCAUUAUGGACACAAAUUAUAAUUUGCCCCCUAAUGUGGCAUUAAUUACCCUGCAGGAGUUAAAUGAUGGAAGCGUGCUUCUCCGUUUGGCACAUCUCUAUGAGGCUGGUGAGGAUACAGUACUCUCAACGUUAGCCGCUGUCGAUCUGAAGAAGUUGUUUGGUGGGAAAACGAUGAAAUCAAUAGUAGAAAUGAGCUUGUCAGCGAACCAAGAGAAAUCCAAGAUGAAAAGAAUGACUUGGAAAGUUGAAGGUGAGAACGCGAAAGAUCCUGCACCAAUUAGGGGUGGCCCUGUAAACGUCAGAGCACCCGUUGUUCAUCUUGGCCCCAUGGAGAUUCGUACUUUCCUCUUGAAAUUUUGAGAAGCUUAUCAUCCAUUUUCCAGUAUAGCUUUUCUUUUCUGGAAUACGGUGUAAUACUUAAAAGUUCUUAAAGACAAUGAUUAAAAGAAAUAUUCCUGAUAAUUAA